CAGCCGUGCUCGAACUGCUACCUUGUGGCUAUGGAAGCUGGGCUCGAGUACGAAGACGGGACUGAGGCGAAUAUUGACACCGGCGCCUGGCUGCACCACAUGGUGAUGUACUCGCGGUCGACAGGAAAGGCGGACGUCGUCUGUGGCGGCAGCUUGGGCCUGAUGCCACGACGAAUCUUUGCCUCUGGCAACGAGCGCACCGUCAAGCGUCUGAACAGCAAGUCGAAGAACGGCGUCUUCAUCGGCGCGGCAGAUCGCAUGUCCCUGAUCGUCGAACUCAUGAACGAGGCUGCCGAGUCGAAGACGCUGUACCUCACCAUGACCUACGAAUACGUGACCGAUCUGGGAUACAAGGAUUCGCCGUUGAUCUGGCUCGACGCAACCGGCUGCGGCACUAGUGACGUAGCGGCAAAAGAAGGGUAUUACGAGCUGCGCUCUCCCGCGUGGAAGUCUACCGUUUCCGGCACGCUGCUGCUAGCAGACGGACACGUUCACGACGGCGGCGUGCGCGUAACCUUCUACAAGAACGGGCAGCAGAUCUGCAAUUCUGAGCAGCUGUACGGGAUGACGUCUGCGUACCAGGAGGCUGAGGGCAGCGGACACGCCGGCCAUGGCGCCGCCGCCGGAGGCGCAACGAUGCAGCAUAUCUCGAACUCGGGGCUGUGCGCGGAUUUUGGAACGGUUGCCGUGGGUGAUGAGCUUGUUGCUGUUUCUGCGUAUAAUACUACCAGGUAUCCCCUGCAGAUUCAUAAUGGAGAGGCGCAUCCGGUUAUGGGUAUUGGCAAUAUCUAUGUCGGUUGAGCACCACGAGGCCGGAUGAAGCCGGAGUACUGUAUUCAGUUAAGGGGAUUGGGUGGUGGCGGGAGUGGUGGAAGG